AUGGAUUCCACAGCACUUAAGGUAGCCCUAGGCUGUAUAGCUGUUCGAUUGGCUGUGAACAGCCUUUUUCCCUCUCUACAACAACAACUGGACCAGUCCGUAGAAUUCUCAACUCCCGUAACCUCAUUUAGGUCAUUACAGGAAGGUAUAUACCUACUGCGGAACAACAUUCAAGUAUAUAAUCAUGGGGUUGUUCACCAUCCUCCAAUUUUGAUUUUUUUUCUAUCGCUCUUCAAUUCCGACAGGUUAAUUUCUCUCAUAUACGCUUUAGUUGAUGGGUUAAUUGCGUAUCAACUGACAGAGGUGACAAAAGCUUUUAAAAACUUGAAAGUGAAAAGCUGGCUACCUGGACUCCUUUAUGCUGUGAACCCUUUGGCUCUUUUAUCGUGCAUUAGUCGGUCAUCGAUCAUAUUCACAAAUUUUGCCAUUUCGUCGUCAUUGUAUUGCAUAUUAGCCGAAGGGAAUGUUCUUUCGUCCUCUGUUAUGAUUUCCGUAUCAGGAUACUUGUCGCUAUACCCUAUUCUUCUCUUAAUUCCACUAUUAGGUAUGCUAAAAAGUUGGAGACAAAGAAUGUUAUCUGUCACCGUUUCCAUAUUAUCUUUAUUAAUUCUGCUACUAUUUAGCUACAAUAUGUUAGGCGGCCAGAGUUGGUUAUUUUUGGCACAAGUUUAUGGAUCUGUUAUAAGUUUUGAGAAGGUUUUCCCAAAUCUGGGUUUAUGGUGGUACUUUUUCAUUGAAAUGUUUGACACCUUCAUACCGUUUUUUAAGGCUGUAUUCAACAUUUUUAUUGCCGCAUUCAUAACACCAUUUACCUUGCGCUAUCAUAAGCAGCCAUUCUACGCAUUCAUUUUAUGCAUUGGGUGGAUUGUCCUUACAAAGCCAUAUCCCUCACUAGGUGACGCUGGCUUUUUCUUUAGUUUCUUACCUUUCUUCACCCCACUAUUUGGAUAUUUAAGAUACCCUAUCAUAUCAGCAUUACUGUUUUUACAUGCAAUUGUUUUGGCACCAAUUUUCUAUCAUCUGUGGGUUGUUUUAGGUUCAGGGAAUAGUAACUUUUUCUAUGCUAUUUCACUAGUUUAUGCUCUGGCUAUAGCAUCUAUUUUGGUAGACCUGAACUGGGCAAUGCUGAGAAUUGAAUACGAUAACGGUAUCCCAAAUUUCAAAUUGAAGGUAACACAAAUUUAA